CACACGUGUGCCCUGCUUAUGCUUCCACCAUGUCCGUGUUCGAUGCCUUCGUGACUCUUCUAUCCAUUUCGAUACCAGAAAAAGAAUUUUAUGCUGCAGAGUGCUGCAAAGGAAGCUAAAGAGAUGAUGCUGAAAACGUCCUACCUACACAAACGCCUACGAAAAGUGAAGACGAACGUGCUCUGUGCGUGGUUGCAAAAAUACAAGAAAUGUAUGUCGAAAUUGAAGCGCUACUUGACAAACAGCAGCGCAGCCGAUGCGCAGCGUAAAAAAAGCCAUGCCAAGCUGCAUCCGGUGCCAGAUCGACCCAUUCGCCGGGUGGCUUCGAAAUUGUCACGAAAACCAACGAAUGAGAUUGAGAGACUGAGAAAGAAGGGCGACAACUGGACAGCGAACGACUUGUUUCGCUUUCAGUAUAGCGAUCCCGAAGAAGGCACCACCGAGGAACGCCGAGAACUCUGUUAUGCUUGGCUCGAUCGUCUUCUGGCCAUCUCGAAGAAGUACUGCUAUCUGGCUUGGUACGAGUCGGCCAUCUAUGCCUGCUAUUAUCGGCUCGCACCAAUUAUCGUGGAAAUGGAUGAGAAACGGAAGAUUUGGACAGAUGUGAAACGAGAAUAUGCGGAAAUUUUCCUCAUGGGUAGACGAAUUUGGCGCAGGCCAAGUCAUCCAAGUCGUCUACGAGUUCUGUACGAUAUGGCUAUGCUGUGUGUACGGUUUGGAAAUAUUGAGGACGACCCGACAAGUCAGCUAUUCCGAGAAUCUCUGGCAGAUGCGGACAAUUUCGACAAUCGAGUCUUGGAUGAAGUGGAGUUUGCAAAAUCUGUCGAUAAAGUGACGCUCCUAGAAAACUAUGUAAUCGAUCAGUUCUAUGCAAAGAGACGUUCAUCGGGUUCAUUUCGCGGCAGUUUCCGUUCAAGGAGGACUUCCGAGCGAUCACCAUCGAGAAAAUCAACCACCCAAGAAGAUGACAAUGCUGGUUCGUCUAAGGAAGAGGCUGCUCAGUCUGAGAGCAAGGCUGACAAACCAAAACGAACUCCUUCAAAGAAAUCGGUGAAAUCACUGGAAAAUGCGGAAAUCAGUGUCGCAGCCCCCGCCGAGAAAGCUGUUGUUCCCAGCAUUCAGGUUGAGGGUCCAAGCAGGCCCAGCAGUGCCAGAGGUAAUGCCUCGCCUCGGCUGGUUCACUUCAGUGACGACGAAGAGCAAGUGGUCUAGGAGUAGUCGACUAUCUCAAGAGCUUGUGCGGGUUUCACAUCCAAGGAUGUGUCUAGCUAGUCAGGACUGUCUUUCGCCUUAUAUUCUAACGUUGUACAUAUGCGUUUAGUUGUGAUGAUUAAGGGUACGUGAACCCACUAACUUCUUUCAUGGUAUUUGUGCAUGCCUUCUCCCAUUGUGCUCAGUCCAUUAUUCAGGCAUGUGUUUCUCUUAUUGUUGAUGUAUACUGCUUCGUGAUAAUAAAUGCACUAUUACAC